UCAAAAUCGGACGGCCGCGAAUAACUUCUGAAUAAAUUUUGGGCUAUAUAUAUAAACAAACGCACCGUACCACUCUCUACGAAACGCAGUCACUUUUCUCUUUCUUAGGGUUUGCUUUUUGCUCUCGCUCUGAGACGAAUCGGAUUCGGUGGCUUUAAGCUUAAGGAAACAAACAAAGGAUUAGGGUUUUUUUUUUGGGUAGUUGCGACGAUGAGGCCGAUUUUCGUGGGAAACUUUGAGUACGAUACUCGCCAAUCUGAACUGGAACGCUUGUUCGGAAAGUACGGGAAGAUUGAGCGCGUCGACAUGAAAUCUGGCUUUGCUUUCGUUUAUUUUGUGGAUGAGCGUGAUGCUGAAGAAGCUAUUCGUGCCGUUGAUAAUAGGCCGUUUGGUUAUGACAGGCGUAGGCUGUCAGUGGAGUGGGCAAGGGUACAAUAUUUUUCUACACAUAAAGGUGAACGAGGUCGGCCUCGUGAUGGAUCUAGGUCAGGGGCAAACCAGAGGCCUACUAAAACCUUGUUCGUAAUUAACUUUGAUCCAAUACGCACAACUGUUCGCGAUAUGGAAAGACACUUUGAACAAUAUGGAAGGAUUCUUCAUGUCCGAAUUCGACGUAACUUUGCAUUUGUCCAGUUUGAAACUCAGGAGGAUGCUACCAGAGCCCUUGAGGCUACUCACAUGAGAAAGCUAUUAGACAGAGUGGUUUCGGUUGAGUAUGCUUUGAGGGAUGAUGAUGAUAGGGGUGACAGGAGUUAUGAUAGCCCUAAAAGAGGAGGUUAUGGUGGGCGUGGGGUUAGUCCUUACCGAAGGUCACCAAGUCCAGUGUAUCGCAGGCGGCCAAGUCCUGACUAUGGUCGUCCUGGCAGCCCUGUUUAUGAUAGGUACAAUGGGCCAACAUAUGACAGGCACAGGGGUCCUGAUUAUGGUAGGAACAGGAGUCCUGAAUUUGGCCGAUACCGAAGCCGAUCGCCUGUUAGAAGGUCAAGAACUUGAAAGAGAAACUCCUGGUUCUGGGGAAGUGGUGAAUAUGUAGCUUGGAGAUGUUACUACUAGUUUUAGGUAUUUUCUUUUGUAUGCACAUUGGAUAUUAGGGUUAGCAGUGAUCAUGGAGAAGGUUUUUUUUCCCCUUGAAUUAGUAAUCAUGGAAAAGUUAUUGGAUAUUCCUUUUUAGAAUUGACUAUAUUUGUCAAAACUUGUUUGUUUCAAGACCUGAUGUUAUGUCUAAAAGUGAUUUGCAUUUACGUUUCAA